UCGUAACAUGCAACACAUCCAUACAGUAUGAAGCCCUAUGGGCCACAGAGGCGCUAGGAAAAUCACGGAGCUGGGACCUUACCACCUCUCUCUCUUUCUCUCUCUCUCUCUCUCCUCUCUGGCCGUCAGCGGACUCCUUUCUCUGAACACGUCUUUCUCUGAAAUGUGUGUGUGCGCGAAAGAGAGAGGAGGAAUAAAGUGUGUGUGUGCGUGUGAGGGUGCAUGUCCGGAGCAAGUAAAGGCAGGGGGAUUAUUCGGCGCUAUCGAAAUAUUUCAACACGUCGCCCUCGCUGCAGGACUGAAGCCAAUAAGAAGGAACCCUUUUUAACAGGAAUGCCGAUAUUGUAAACAGCAGCAGAAGAGAAAGAAUGCGCCGCGGUCAAUUAAGUGACUCACCCCAGUUGGUUUAAUUCGACUUAAUGUCCGAAAGCCAGCGAGACACAGAAGGUGUCCGAUGCGCGUCAAGCUCCGAAGAAAAUCGCUCCCGCCACACUCUUGAAGAUUAAUGGAGAGCAUUUUUGCAUUUCACUUUGCAGACUUUUGAUCAGAAUUCAGCGAAGAACUGUAGAGUUGCCAGCAACUUGUCAAAGAAAUAGUGGAUGCUUGUUCCUGCCGAGGUUGAAAGAGGAUUUUCCUAAGCUUUCCAGCUUCAGAUUUAUUUUUUUCUCUUUUUUAUUUUGUCCUCACUUACUGCUCCUUGUACGCAGGCUCCACUCUUGUAAGAAAUAUUGUUCUCCAUCCAACCAGUCGUCUACAUUUGUUGCCUGCACUUGGAUGAACUUCCUGAUGAGAGAUCCAGUCAUACAGGGAUCAAGUAUGGCAUAUCAUCCGUUUAUACCUCACCGGGGUCCGGAAUUUGCCAUGAGUGCAAUGCUGGGUCACCAGCCUCCUUUCUUCCCGGCCCUGGCUCUCCCUCCCAGCGGCUCCCUCUCGCUGCCGGGCGCCCUCGGGAAGCCGAUCAUGGACCAGCUGAUGGGAGCCGCGGAGACCGGCUUGCACUUCUCCUCUCUGGGGCACCAGGCUGCGGCCGCCCACCUCAGGCCUCUGAAGACUCUGGAGCCUGAGGAGGAGGUGGAGGACGACCCAAAAGUUCACCUGGAAGCCAAGGAGCUUUGGGAACUCUUCCACAAGAGAGGCACUGAGAUGGUGAUCACAAAAUCUGGAAGGCGAAUGUUUCCCCCGUUCAAAGUGAGGUGCACCGGUCUGGACAAGAAGGCCAAAUACAUACUGUUGAUGGAUAUAGUUGCAGCUGACGACUGCAGGUACAAAUUUCAUAACUCCCGCUGGAUGGUGGCAGGAAAGGCCGACCCCGAAAUGCCAAAGAGGAUGUACAUUCACCCGGACAGUCCGGCUACUGGCGAGCAGUGGAUGUCAAAAGUCGUCAAUUUUCACAAACUCAAGCUGACAAACAACAUCUCCGACAAGCAUGGAUUUGUAAGUUCAACUAAUACUAUUCUUAACUCGAUGCACAAAUAUCAGCCUCGAUUUCACAUUGUGAGGGCCAACGAUAUUCUCAAACUGCCGUACAGUACCUUCAGGACUUACGUUUUUCCUGAAACGGAUUUCAUUGCCGUGACUGCUUAUCAGAAUGACAAGAUAACCCAACUGAAAAUAGACCAUAACCCAUUUGCCAAAGGAUUCCGUGACACUGGCAAUGGGAGGCGGGAAAAGAGGAAACAGCUGGCUCUGCAAUCCAUGCGUUCAUACGAGGAGCAGCAGAAAAAGGAAAACGGGGCCUCAGACGACUCCUCUGGAGAGCAGGCUUCCUUUAAGUGCUUCGGCCAGGCCUCGUCCCCCGCCGUGUCCACAGUGGGCCCCCCACACCUGAAAGAUUUCUGCGACAGCGAUGAGGACAGCGACGAUGAGAGCAAAGAUGGACACAACAAAGAUGGUCCGGACUCCAGCAAGAUUUCCACCACGACAGAGGACGGGAAGGAUCAUGAGGCGAGCCCAGCUAAGGGGCAUCCCUUCAGUAACAGUGACUCUACCAGCAGGAACCGCGAAAGCGGCCCCAGGACUGAGAAAAGCCAGGCAGACUCACGGCAGAGUCCCAUCACUGUCAUCUCCAGCACCACACGCUCUGGAGAAGACCUCAAGAGCCCGAAUCUGGACCAGCCCAAAACGGACGAAUGUAGGUCAAUAAGCAAGGACAGCUUCAUGCCUUUGACUGUUCAGACUGACAGCGCACACAUAGGCCACAGCCACCUGCAUAAUUUUGGAUUUCCAACAGGCCUAACAGGACAACAGUUUUUCAAUCACCUCGGGAGUGCACAUCCGUUUCUCUUGCACCCCAGUCAGUUCAACAUGGGAGGUGCUUUUUCAAACAUGGCCGCGGGCAUGGGACCGCUACUGGCAGCCGUGUCCACGGGAGGGGUGAGCACCAUGGACACAACUAGCAUGGCAUCCCCUCCGCAGAGCUUGACGGGGGCGCCAGGCCUUCCCUUUCAUCUGCAGCAACAUGUCUUGGCAUCACAGGGCCUUGCCAUGUCUCCGUUUGGCAGUUUGUUCCCUUAUCCGUACACUUACAUGGCCGCAGCCGCGGCAGCCUCGUCGGCCGCCUCAUCCUCGGUGCACCGGCACCCCUUCCUGAACGCAGUGCGCCCCAGACUCAGGUACAGCCCUUACUCCCUCCCCAUGACGGUACCGGACAGCACCCUGCUCACCACCGCCAUGCCCUCCAUGGCCAGCGGCGGGACGGAGCUGAAAGGAGACGGCAUCGUCCCGGCCAGCCCGGUGUCCGCUGUCACCCUGGAUUCCACAUCGGAGGUGACGAGCCACUUGUCCACGAUAUCCUCCGGAUCGGUCUCCAUGUCCCCAAAAACUUGCACGGAGAAGGACGCCGCCAACGAGCUCCAGAGCAUCCAGCGGCUGGUCAGCGGACUGGACACGAAUCAGGACAGGCCACGGAGCGGAUCCCCUUAGGAUUUUCUUUAUUUUUGAAAAAAAAAAAACAGCAUAAAAAAACUCACCACCUGCUUCUCGUUUCGUUGGUAUCAUGAAAAGUGUUGACGCUAAUGAAGACAUUUAACAAUAGGAGGACAGACACCCUGGUAGAAUCAUGCAGGUUUUAAAAGGAAAAAAAAUAACAGCUAAAAACGUGAACUGUUGGACUUUUUAGUUUCUGAAAUGCACUUUGUUUAAUACAUCUAAUAUGUAUAUUUCUUUCAUUUGUUUCUUAUUUUUCUCCUUAAAUUAAACAACACUUUAUCCUGUCAUUUGAAUACCGUACAAGUAUUGAAGCUUAAACGUUGGCAUGGGGUGUGACUUACAGAUUUGUAGGAGAAGUUGCUGCUGUGUCCCGUCUCCUAACUUUAUUGUACACGAGGAGAGAUGUGUUUUAAUAUGCACUCUGAACUGAUUUGACUUAUUUGAAUUCACGACCGUUUGACCUACCUUUUUAAAAAAAGACUGCUGUAUUUUGUUGUACACUAUUAAUUGAUCGAUUGAACAAACGUUGCAUGCUCUCCAAAAGAACCCAACCGAAUGUCCAUUUUGUUUUUAAAGUAUAGCAAAUAUUAUGUUUUAAAUAUAUUCAACACACUCGUAAUUUUCUUUUUGAUUGGUUUGUCAAUUUUGAAAGAGCAAAUUUCAAAAAUUAAAAAAAAAAAAAAAACAGAAAA